AUCGCAGUCAUUAUCGCAGUUUGCGGCUAUAAAAGCUUGGACACUCUUCGACUGAUCAGUUGUCGAAUUAUAUUACUGCUAUGGAUUAUUUUCCGGUGCUGAAGCUUAUCGCCCUGCUGCUCCUGGUGGAUCUGGGAUAUGCUGCGGGUAACUACCAGACCUACGACCAGCUCCCGAAAGGUAUAGAUUGGCGCCGAUACGGUUACAUCUCGCCGGUCCAGAAUCAGGGAGGGUGCCAAGCUAGCUGGGCCAUGUCUGCGGUGGGAGCUGUAGAAGCUCAUCUGGGCAUCAAAAACCGCCGCUUGGAUCAACUCUCUGUCCAGCAACUGAUCGACUGUGCAUCCAAUUAUGGUUGCGGUGGAGGAUGGGCGAGUGUUGCCUUCAAUUAUACUAGAGAUCAUGGCAUUGCUUCCAAGACUUCUUACCCGUAUCGAGCUGAACAGUCAACUUGUAGCUACGAUCCUAGUACCAGUGCUGGCAGAAUAAGGAGCUAUGUGACAUUGCGCUACGCCGAUGAGAAGUGUUUGGCCGAAGUUGUUUACAAUAUUGGACCCGUGGUGGUGCACUUAGACAGCCUGCAUGACUCUGUCUUGGAAUACAAAUCGGGAAUCUAUCGUGAGGAGGAUUGCAGGUUCGAUAUGGCAUACCUAACCGAAGCUGUUCUCGUAGUGGGUUUUGGAACCGACAGCAACUACGGCGACUACUGGAUCUUAAAAACCUCAUUUGGAAAGAAUUGGGGAGAGAAUGGCUAUAUGAGGCUGGCCAGAAAUGCAGGCAACAUGUGUGGGGUGGCCACUCUAGCGCAAUAUCCCAUUGUAUAA